AACAAACAGCUGGCAUUUAAAAGAAAAAUGUUCAGUCAAACCGAGGAUUGGAGGAAUGCUUUGGACACUUCUGCUAAGUAGUAUGUUUGAUCCUUCAGGCUACAGAUGACAAGAAAUAUGAGGAAUGAGUCGUUACCUGUACAAUCUGACGCUUCAUUCUGCCUGGAGUCGAUGGGAGACACAGAUAAAAUCACUGGAGGAAAACACAAUGGCAGAGUGAGAAGGAGAAAGAGAAUGAGGCAAGGGGUUGAAGAGAUGUAGCAAAAUUACACAAAUGAAAGCAUGUGUGGGAAUCCUUGUGGCGCAGGAAAUAAUAGACAAACCUCAAGAAGAAAAAGCAAGGCAGGUGAGACCAACAUUUUCUGGCACUAGAGAAGAAGAAGAAACAGAUGGAUAGAAGGAUACUUUGAAUGAGAGACUCCCCUUCGUCUAGCAAUGCUUUUGAGGAACUCUGCACUGAGUUUUUCUGUGGACACUGAUGAAAGCUUAAGAUACUUUAAUUGUCACUGAAUUCCUCCAGAGGAGUGGAUCCACGUCUUCUCUCUUUUUUAUUUUCAUGUUUUUUUUAAAUUUUUAAAGUUCCUCAGCAGAGGUGCUGUGCUGACUGUCACUAUGCUUUAUCUAAGGGACUCUUUACCAGCAUCAUGGACUACUUGUCUUCUGGUUCUGUGCAUCCUGAAUGUAUGGACCACGGCCUGGCCAGCUGGCCAGCAAUCUCAAACACAGCUGCAGUCUCGCAGGUCCAGACUGAGGUCACCGCUGUCGUCCUUGUCAUCAUCCGGCAACCUGUCGGAAAGCGCAGAAAGCAAAGUGGAGCGCCUCGGUCAGGUGUUCAAGCGAAACGUUCGGGAACUGCGUGAGAAAAGCUCAUGUUUGGACCUGGUCUUCCUGGUGGACGAGUCAUCGAGUGUGGGGGCCAACAACUUCCAGAGCGAGCUGAGGUUUGUGCGCAAGAUGCUGUCUGACUUCCCUGUCGCGCCUGAGGACACACGAGUGGCACUGGUGACCUUCUCAUCCAAGACGCACGUGGUGACCAGGGUGGACCACAUCUCAGCCCCCAAGUCCCACCAGCACAAGUGCUCCUUGUUCAACCAGGAGAUCCCGGCCAUUAACUACAGAGGAGGAGGCACCUACACCAAAGGAGCUUUCCAGAGGGCAGCACAAAUACUUCGUCACUCCCGUGGUAAUGCAACCAAGGUCAUUUUCCUCAUCACCGAUGGCUACUCUAACGGUGGAGACCCUCGGCCAGUGGCGGCAGCUCUGAGAGAGCGAGGUGUUGAGAUCUUCACUCUGGGCAUCUGGCAGGGAAACAUCAGGGAGCUCCACGACAUGGCCUCACAGCCCAAAGACCAACACUGCUACCUGGUGCACAACUUUGCAGAGUUUGAGGCCCUGGCUCGUCGUGCGCUGCAUGAAGACCUGCCUACAGGCAGCUACAUCCUGGAAGAUCUGUCACGCUGCUCAUCUCUGUGUGAGGCCGGGAAGGACUGCUGUGACAUCAUGGCCAGCUGUAAGUGCGGGACACACACCGGACAGUACGACUGUAUCUGUGAGAAGGGAUACUACGGCAAGGGUCUGCAGCAUGAAUGCACAGCGUGCCCAUCUGGCACCUAUAAACCGGAGGGGACACCAGGAAGUCUAAGCACCUGCCUACCAUGUCCUGAUGCACAGCACACCUCUCAGCCUGGCAGCACUUCCCUCGAUGACUGUGUCUGCAAGCCUGGCUAUCAGCCUGUAGGCAUGACCUGCCAGGUGGUGUACUGUCCAACAUUGUCUCUCCCAGAAAAUGGCUUUUUUGUACAAAAUGUGUGUAACAACCACUUUGAUGCUGCCUGUGGAAUGCGGUGCCAGCCCGGUUUCGAGCUCCAGGGAACCAGCAUUAGACUGUGCCAGGCUGACGGCACUUGGUCGGGGACACCAGCCAGCUGUAGAGUACGCUCCUGCCCACCUCUUUCCCAGCCCCAGCAUGGCUUCCUGCAGUGUAGCAAUGGCGGUGCGUCCUACAAGGCGGAGUGUCAGGUGGGCUGUAACCGAGGCUACAGGUUAGAAGGAGACUCCACACUCACUUGUCAGGCCAACUCUCAGUGGAGUGGACCCAAACCCCGGUGUGUGGAGGUCCGUUGUCCCCCAAUUGGGACCCUAAAGAACAUCUUGCUGUCGCCCCCUGUCUGUGGGAAAAGGGCUGUGUCCCCAAGCUUCAUUUGCCUGCUUACUUGUCGCCAAGGCUACAGUCUCCAGGGAAACAGGAAGGCAGUGUGCCUGAGCUCUGGCAACUGGACCGCUAAUGUCCAUAAAGCUGUCUGUACAGAUACUGAGCCACCGUGGCUCCAGUGCCCCAAAGACAUUGUUGCAGAGACAGAUGAGAGGCGUGGCACUUCUAACGUCAGCUGGAACAUCCCCAUUCCCACUGACAACUCUAAAGAAGAGGUAGUUGUGCAGGUGAAACCCAUCUACAGUCCUCCUCAGCUGUUCCCCAUCGGAAAGGAAACCAUCACCUACAUUGCAACUGACCGCUCUGGGAACCAGGCCAACUGCUCCUUUACAGUCACUGUCAUCGAUACGGAGCCACCAGUGAUUGACAGGUGCAGGUCGCCGCCGACGGUCCAGGCCGCAAACACAGAAACAGCAGUUGUUUGGGACGUGCCGCAGUUUUCCGACAACUCAGGUGGUCGCCUCAAAGUAACCAGUAGUCAUACUCCAGGCUCUCUGUUCCCAGUAGGAGAGACAGUGGUCCAGUACACUGCAAAUGAUGCUGCAGGAAACAGCCGCACAUGCAACCUUACCAUAACUGUGCAAGGGACGACUUGUGACCAACCAUAUGUCCCAGUGAAUGGAGAGUUCAUCUGCUCUGAAGAAGAGGAAGGCGUUAAUUGUACCCUUCACUGUAAAGAGGGCUACAAUUUCACUCAGGAUACAGUGCACAGCUACUUCUGCGCCUACAAUGGUGUGUGGGAGCCACCGUACUCCCCAGAAAGACCCGAUUGCUCAGUGAACCGUAUAGCAAACAAUGGGUUUAAGCCCUUUGAGAUGCUGUUUAAAGCAUCCCGGUGCGAUGAUGAAGAGCUGAUCAAGUCAUUUUCAGGGAACUUUAGUGCUAAACUUGGAGGCAUGCUUCCCAACAUUUGUAGCAGUGAUGAUGUCACCUGUAAGCUGGAAGUGAUGUCACAGAGUCACUGUCUGGAGUACAAUUACGACUAUGACAACGGAUUUUCUAUUGCACCAGGGGGCUGGAGUAACAGCUGGGGUCCUCAGGGCGGCCAGGACUAUGCCUACUUUGAGUCAGGCUUUGCCACAGGCACUCGGCAGCUCCCCGGCAGACAGCGAGACGGCACAAUGCAGCCUCACAACCGCAGCAAGAGGCAUAAAAAGAUCACCGGUCCCACCAGAGACCAGAAGAUCCAGAUCUAUUUCAACAUCACAGCAAGCAUCCCUCUGCCCCUGUCGAGGAAUGACUCAGCGGAAGUGGCCAAUCAGAGAAGGCUCCUGAGGACCCUCGAGCUACUUACAAAUCGCCUGAAACGAACGCUGGCCAAGCAGCCGCUGUCCAGUUUCCAUGUGUCUUCAGAGAUGAUUGUAGCUGAUCCCAGAUCACUGGAGAGCAGGAAGGCCUCUCUCUUCUGCAGACCGGGCUCUGUGCUUAAAGGCAGAAUGUGUGUCCAGUGUCCAGUGGGAACGUACUUUUCUCUGGAGUAUAAUGAGUGUGAGAGCUGCUGGUUGGGUUCCUACCAGGAUCAGGAGGGUCAGCUGGAGUGUAAGUCGUGCCCUGAGGGAACUUCCACAGCCUACCUGCACUCCCGCAGCAUCACUGAGUGCAAAGGGCAGUGUAAACCCGGUAGUCACUCUCUGAACGGCUUGGAGAUCUGUGAGUCAUGCCCAUUGGGUCACUUCCAGCCUGCUUUUGGUGCCAGAGAGUGUUUGGUCUGUCCACAUGAGACUUCUACAGUCACCAGAGGAGCCGUGGAUGAGACAGAGUGUGGAGUACCCUGUACAGCAGGUCAUUUUUCCCGCACUGGUCUGGUUCCUUGUUAUCCCUGUCCUAGAGAUUACUACCAACCUGAACAUGGCCGCUCUUACUGCCUUUCAUGUCCUUUUUAUGGAACUACAACAGUUAUCGGUGCGACUACCAUACAGCACUGCUCCAGUUUUGGCUCCAGUUUUCUUCCAAAGGAGGAAGAAACUGAGACUGCUGCUCCAGAAGUGGAGGUCAGUGAGAACUACCAAGCCAGCAGUCAGGUUUUCCAUGAGUGUUUCCUGAAUCCAUGUCAGAAUAAGGGGACAUGUGAGGAAGUUGGAGCCGGAUAUGUCUGUACCUGCUCACCUGGGUUCACAGGUGCAAAGUGUGAGAUCGACAUCAAUGAUUGUGACUCUGCUCCAUGCCAGAAUGGAGGCCUGUGUAAGGAUGGGAUGGGGGACUUCCAGUGUCAGUGCAAGCCUGGCUUUUUAGGCUCUCUCUGUGAGACGGAGAUAAAUGAGUGCAUCUCCUCCCCCUGUCUUAAUGAAGGGGUGUGCUUGGAUGAAGUCAACAGGUUCACCUGCAGUUGUGCUGCCGGAUUUACAGGAUCCCAUUGUGAACUGGAAAUUGAUGAGUGCUUGUCCAACCCAUGUUUGAAUGGAGGUGUCUGUGACGACAUGACAGGAAGUUACAGCUGUAACUGUGCUGCUGGAUUCUCAGGGGAACGCUGUGAGAUCAACAUUGAUGAGUGUUACAGCACUCCUUGUCUAAAUGGAGGCUCAUGCCUGGAUGCUGUUAACAGUUUCAGGUGUCAGUGUGUGGAGGGUUACCGAGGCCGGCUGUGUGAGGUGGAUGUGGACGAGUGUGACCCUAACCCCUGUGUGAACGGAGCCAGUUGCUUGGAUGGUCUGGGGUCCUACACAUGCCGCUGCCUCCCUGGGUUUAACGGAACCAGGUGUGAGACAGAGAUGUCCUCUGCCUUCAACCUGGAUUUUGAGGUGUCUGGUAUCCAUGGUUAUGUAAUGAUGGAUGGAGUGAUGCCUGCGCUAACAGAAAUCACCUGCACCUUCUGGAUGAGGUCGACAGACACGACCAAUUAUGGCUCACCUGUCUCUUACGCAGUGGAGGGCAGUGACAAUGCUUUCCUUUUAACAGAUUACAACGGGUGGGUAAUGUAUGUGAACGGUAAGGAGAAAAUCACUGACUGCCCUGCAGUGAACACGGGUCACUGGUACCACAUCGGUGUAUCAUGGAGGAGCUGGGAUGGCGACUGGAGGAUCUACAUUAAUGGAAAGCCCUCAGAUGGAGGCAAAGACUUGUCACGUGGCACCACUAUCCCAGGCGGAGGAGCACUAGUACUAGGUCAGGACCAGGAUCAGAGGGGGGAGGGCUUCAACCCCGCUGAAUCUUUUGUAGGUUCCAUCAGCCAGCUUAAUAUCUGGGAUCGUGUUCUCACGCCACAACAGAUAAAGGUCCUGGCCAGCAGCUGUCCAGCCUCACAUGUGACCCACAGAGGGAACGUCCUCGCCUGGCCUGACUUUCUCAGUGGGGUGGUGGGCCGAGUCAAAGUAAACAUGAACAGUAUUUUCUGUGCUGACUGCCCCAAGCUGGAGAAUGCUGUUCCCCACCUACACAUCUCCACUGUGGAGGUGAGCCCUGGCGCACAGGUGCAGCUGUCCUGUGAUCCUGGUUUCUACCUUGUGGGAGAACCAGUUUUGCAGUGCCAAAACAAAGGAGAGUGGAACCACCCCCUACCGAGCUGUGAACGUGUGUCAUGCGGACCACCACAUCCUCUGGAGAAUGGCUUGUUUCAGGGGACAGAUUUCCAUGCUGGCAGCUCUGUGGUCUAUCAGUGUAAUGCUGGCUUUUACCUGCUGGGAGACACCAAGGUUCACUGCAGCAACAGCGGCAAGUGGGGAGGACAGCCACCUGCUUGUCUGGAUGUGGACGAGUGUGCUCUCGGAUCUGACUGUGAUGGUCACGCCAGCUGUCAAAACACAGACGGCUCCUACACCUGCACCUGUAUUCACCCGUACACCGGAGAUGGCAAAAACUGCACAGAGCCAGUUAAGUGCCAGACCCCUGGGUCUCCAGAGUUUGGUUACAGAGAUGGCAGCAACUUUCUGAUGGGCAGUGAGGUUGUGUUUGGCUGUGAUGACGGCUACGAGCUGAUUGGCUCAUCGCGACUCCACUGCUUGGAUUCAGGAACCUGGAACGAUUCUGUCCCGUAUUGUAGAGCCCUCUACUGCCCGGCACCAGCUGUUCCAGAGAACUCCAUCAUGAAGGGAAGCAACUUCACCUAUGGAAGCAAGGUGACUUUCAGCUGUAAGAAAGGCUUCCUGCCUCAGAUCCCAUAUGAGUUCCAGUGUCUCGUCAGCCUGAGGUGGAGCGGGAUGCCUCCUGUUUGUUAUCCAGUGACCUGUGGGGGACCUCCAACUGUGCAACAUGCAGACUACAUCUUUGAAACAAACACAUAUCUGUCCACUGUUAAAUACACCUGCAGAGAGGGAUACAGACCACAGGGUUCCAUGGAAGUGGUUUGUGAAGCGACAGGAGACUGGAGCCGGUCAAUUCCUCGCUGUGUGAGCAUCCUCUGCACCGAGCCCCCAGCACUAAAAGAUGCUGUGAUUGUAGGAGAGAACUAUGAAGUGGGAAACAAGGUGCAAUAUGUCUGCAAAGAAGGUUACACUCUGAUUGGCCCAGAAACCAGAGAAUGUCUACCAAAUGGCCAGUGGAGCGAAGGCUUUCUCCAGUGUGCCCCUCGCUCCUGUGGGCCACCGCCUGCCAUCGACCAUGCUGUGCCCCACGAGACGCACAUGCUGUUCGGAGACACUGCCAGCUACUACUGCACAGACGGAUACACUGCCAGUAACAACUCCAAGAUGGUUUGUAAUGCUCAGGGUGUGUGGGCGCCCCCUGAUGGCAUGGAGGCUCCUCGCUGCAUAGCAAACUUCUGCCUGCGUCCGCCUGACCUACCACAUGCAAUUUUAGAUUCUGUCAAUAAACCCAAAUAUGCUAGUAACACUGAAGUGAGCUAUAAAUGUGAAGAGGGCUUCAUGCUCAACACCACAGCCACACUCAGAUGCCUGAUGGGAGGGACAUGGGAGCCUUCACCGUUUGAUAUCGGCUGCAUCCCUGUGAGAUGCUCCAAGCCUGAGAGCAUUAAUCGGGGAUAUGUGAGAGGAACAAAUUAUAAUUUUGGAGCUGUGAUUGCAUACAGCUGCGAGACAGGCUUCCUGAUCCAAGGGGAGAAGAGGAGGAUCUGCAAGGCUAAUGGAGAGUGGGGAGGAAUUCUGCCAACAUGUGUACCAGUGAUCUGCUCUUCCCCCCCAUCACUCAAGAAUGGUUACAUUAAGGUCAGAAGUCGAUUCACUUUUAACAACAAGGUGAUAUAUGCCUGUAAUAAAGGCUACACACUGGUUGGUCAACCAGACAGAGUUUGUCAAGCUAACCGGCAGUGGUCCAAUAAUAACCCUCCAACCUGUGUUCUUUUGACCUGUAAUGCUCCACCUGAUAUCAGCCAUGGACACUACAAGGGUUCUGAGUUCCAGGUGGGCCGCAGAGUACAAUAUGUCUGCGAAGAGGGUUACGAGCUGGCCGGGGAUGCCAUCUGGACUUGUCUUGACAAUGGAAGGUGGGAUAAAACGCGGACUCCGCGAUGCUCUCCUGUCAAGUGUCCGGAACCACCACUGGAGGAGAACCAUCUGGUCCUGAAGGGCCUGGACUCUGAGUCUGGAACAGUGGCGUUAUUCUGUGAGGAUGGAUAUGUCCUGGAGGGAGCUCAGAUCCUUCGCUGCACUCCGUCUCAGAAGUGGAAUGAUACUUUUCCAGUGUGUAAACAAGUGUUUUGUGGACCAUCACCUCAACUAUCAUUUGGUAGCCCUUCAGUUGUCUCUCCCCAAUUCCCUUUCAGCUCUGUGGUGACCUACACAUGCAUGAAUGGCUUUACAUUUAGGAAAGAAUAUUCUGUGUCCUGUCUAGCUAGUGGGCAGUGGACAACUCCUUACCCAGAAUGCAUCCCAGUUGAAUGUCCCCAGCCUGUGGAGAUUUCAAAUGGGAUUGUCGAUGUCCAGGGUCUUAUGUACCUCAGUAAAGCUUUGUAUGGUUGUAAAACUGGAUAUAAUUUAGUAGGGAACUCUACUGUCCUGUGUGGAGAGAAGGGACUUUGGAUUGGUGGGGUGCCAUCUUGCCGUCCAAUUGAAUGCUCCAUUCCUAAGCAGAUAGCAAGUGGGAAAGUGGUUUAUAGAAAACUCCAGUUUGGUCACAGUGCCACUUACUCCUGCCGUCGUGGUUACCGCAUCCAAGGUCAAGAGACUCUGAAGUGCCAGGCUAAUGGGGAAUGGGACGCAGCACCACCCGCUUGUGUGCAGAUAUCUUGCACUCCACCCCAACCAAUUGAAAAUGGUUUUGUGGAGGGCCAAGAUCAUAGCUUUGGUGUCACUAUUUUUUACAGCUGCUUUCCAGGCUUCCAGCUUGUGGGCCAGGACCAUCUAACCUGUGAGGAGCUUGGCUGGUCUAGUUCUGUUCCUGUGUGUGUACCCUCAGACUGUGGCCUGCCUCCGCACAUUGAUUUUGGAGAUUAUGUCAGAGUGGCAGAAGGAAGAUCUGAAGAUACUCUAACAGUAGUAGCCAUGGAUUUGAACUUCCUACAUGGAACACUGAUUGAAUACCGUUGCCACAAAGGUUAUGACAUCACCAGCCACACCAGGUUGGUGUGUCAGGAGGAUGGUGGAUGGAACGGGACGGCCCCAUCAUGUGUCCCUGCAGAGUGUGAAUCACCACCCAGUCCGGAGCAUGGCUCUGUGAAUGUGAAAGAUGACUCGCUAGGCAGUAUGGUCAGAUAUUCUUGUGAGGAAGGAUAUGUGCUGGAGGGGGAGCCUUUGAGGCACUGUGUGUCAGGCCAGCUGUGGACUAAUAAUCCUCCAGUAUGUCGACCUGUGUCCUGUGGUGAUCCAGGUGCUAUCGCUAAUGGCACUACUCAUGGAGGUGAUUUUGUUUAUCCUGAGGUUUUGCACUUCGAGUGUGAUCUUGGAUUUGUCCUAAAGGGUCGUGACAUUAUCAUCUGCCAGGCAGAUGGAAAGUGGAAUGGGCUGAAGCCCUACUGUGAGCCAGUGUCCUGUGGUCCUCCAAACACCCCCAGUGACAUUACCUUUGAAGGCAAAGACUACAACUACAACAGUGAAAUUGAACUGAGCUGUAAGCCUGGUUUCAUCUUAAAAGGGAAGUCGACAAGUGUUUGUCAGGCUGAUGGAAGCUGGAGCCAUGAGUCUCCUUCCUGUGUACCAGCCCGCUGUGGAAAACCCUCUCCAAUACCCCAUGGGCAUGUGUUAGGAUCAGAGUUUGGCUACAGUAGUAAAGUGAAGUAUGAAUGCGAUGAAGGAUACAAGCUUAAUGGAGAUCCUACACUUGUUUGUCAGUCAGAUGGACUUUGGAACAAACUACCACCCCGCUGUGACAUUAUCAGCUGUGACCCCCCUGAGGACAUCAGUCACGGCUUCCUGAAUGGCUCUAGCUUCAACUAUGAUGAUGUGGUAGAGUACGUCUGCUUCAGUGGUUAUGAGGUAAUUGGGAAUCCUAUCCUGCGGUGCUCCACUCAGGGCGUCUGGGAGGGAACUGUGCCCCAGUGCCAGCCCUGCAUCUGCGUCCCACCUGAAGUGAAAUUUGGGAUAGUUCUUGGCAAUGACCAUGCUUGUGGGGACCGUGUGGACUUCCAUUGUGAUGAAGGCUACAAGCUUCUAGGUCCUUCUCAAGCAGUAUGUGAGAAGGGAGGGGUUUGGAGCCCUGGGGUGCCUGUUUGUAGCCGUGGCAGAUGCAGUGUUGCCCCGCCUAUGGUUCCUAACGCCAUCUUGCAGGGCAGCUUUACCACCUUCCCAGACACAGCUAUAUACAGGUGUCGUCCUGGCUACAAGUUAAAAGGGUCUCCACACAUCUCAUGUGGAAGAGAUGGCAGGUGGGAGGAACCCAGGAUCCACUGUGAGCCUGUGAACUGUGGACAACCACCUUUAGUCGCUCAUGCUCAGGUGGUUGAGGACAUCUUCACCUUCCCAAACCAGAUCACGUACAGGUGUGAGGAUGGUUACAAACUAGCCACACAGACAACUUCUCUGUCCUGCCAGAGUGACGGCACCUGGUCUAAACACAGCAUUCAGUGCCGCCCAAGCCCCUGCUUGCUACCCAUCAACAUCUCCAUUCCCUAUCUGGUGGUCAGCGGGAAGGAGCUCACUCCCGUCGGGGGCACCAUCACCCUGUCGUGCCCUCCUGGUUUCUACCUGCAGGGAUCAGCACUAGCAGAGUGUCAGGUGGGUGGAAGCUGGGCUCCAAGUAUUUCAACAGUCUCCUGCGAAAUGGUGGUGUGUGAGAAGCCUCUUCCUCUUCUUCAUGGUGUCAUCGAAGGCUACAGUUACAACUAUGGAGACUUUGUUCAGUACUCCUGCCUGCCUGGGUUUGAAAUUAAGGGAGACUCUGUUCAGACCUGCCAGGGAGACAAAACGUGGAGUGGCACACAGCCAGUGUGUGUUGCCAUCUCUGGAAACUCCUGCGGGUCUCCACCGACAAUAAAAAAUGCACAGCUCCAGAUCACAGGAGAGAAUCAUCGGAAUAAUGUCAGCUAUGUGUGCGAUGAUGGACUGCAGCUUGUUGGCCCAAGCACUCUUAUCUGUCUGGCUAAUGGCACAUGGAGCCUGCCAGCACCUACAUGUGAAGUGGCCAGAGGCUGCGACAGCCUAAAACAGCUGUUGCAUGGUAAAGUGCUGGAGCACAGCAUGAACACUGGGCAUGCUCUGGAGUUUCAGUGUGAUAAAGGCUACAGGCUGGUGGGAGAUCAACUGGUGGUGUGUAUGGGGGGCAACACCUGGAGCUCCACUUUCCCCACCUGCCAACCGAAGUCUUGUCCACCUCCUCCAGGAUGGAAGGUAGACAGUAGUGGGAGCAGAUCCCAGCAGGAUUUUCAUGUUGGACAGUCAGCCCGUGUUACCUGCCCAAAAGGGCAGCAAAUGAAAGGUAGCGGCACCAUCACCUGCAGGCCGGACCAGACCUGGAGCCCACUCAGCUCUGUGUGUGAAAGGGUUUCCUGUGGCCCCCCCCUCCAUGUGGCCAACGGGGUGGUGCGGGGGGCAGUGUUCCAGUUCGGGGACGUGGCUGUGUAUUCGUGUUUUAGCGGCUACGUCAUGGAGGGUGUUGGAAGGAGCAGGUGUCAGGAAAACGGCACCUGGACGCCACCUCCCACAUGCAGAGCUGUGUGCUGGCUGCAUUGUCAAAAUGGAGGAGUGUGUCAGCGGCCCAACACUUGCGCCUGCCCAGAGGGCUGGAUGGGCCGACUCUGUGAGGAGCCUAUCUGCAUCCUGCCGUGCCUGAACGGAGGGCGCUGCGUGGCUCCCUACCAGUGCGAGUGCCCCACUGGGUGGACUGGCACACGCUGUCACACUGCUGUGUGUUCGUCACCUUGUCUGAAUGGAGGCAGAUGCAUCAGGCCCAACAAAUGUAGCUGCAGUCCAGGCUGGAGUGGACACGACUGCUCCAGGAAGAGGAAAUCCGUCUACUACCACUUCUAAAAGGUUCCGCUCACCUCCAUGUGAAUCAUCUUAUGAAGGGAAUUCUUGUAUAUUUAACUCGACACUUGUAAACCAUUCACUCGUCUAUCCGCAAAGCAAGAACCAUUUUGUAAAAUAAAGCUGUAUUUUUUCAUAUAGAGACUCGACAGUAUUAAACAUUUGCUGCUAUAUACUUGUACGAUGUGUAAAAACUAUUGAUGUGAUGGUCCAAUGUACAUGUGUAAACUAUUCUCACAUUUUUAUUAAAGCAUAAAAUAUCAGUUAAAGCUGUGGCUGAAGAGCUGGGUUUCAUGCAUUUAAAAAGUAAUGACCAGGCGUGAGUAAUUCAUUUAUUAAAUCCACCUAGUUACACAUACAGUGUUAGGAGAUGCAGCCAUUACUCAAGACAGAAUAAAAAGUGGUCAUCAGGUUGGAAGUGUAUUAAACUGUCUUUCAGGCAGUUAAUACACACACUGAAC